UGAUUCAAAUUACGUACUUCACUUUUACCUGUGCAACCGUACGGAUUAGACGUGCUUCCAAGUGUUGUUCCCUUAUCUAAUCGCUGCACCUUCAUUACGCAACUCUACACUGACGUCUACCGCAGUUUUCACCCCGUCUACGGAGCAUAAUACUGUUCGGACAGUAAGUUGUAUUAUUAUAUACACAUCAGACGAAUCGCGGCGCCCGACGACGCGUCAAUCGCAUCAAUAGCAGCUAACCAACUGUACGCCCGCCAUCAUGAACGUCGCGCGGUCGCCGACGGCCGUCCGGAUGCUGCGAAACGGGCCGGCAAGCCGCGUCGCCCGUCGUCGACUUUACGCUCCGUCGUCACCGGUGGUCAUCGCGACGACAGCGACGCAGUGCGAGGGCAACCGCGGUCGGCUGCCGAAACCAGACUGGAACCGCGCGGUGUCCGAGGCCGAGAAGGUCGUCGGUUACCCGUCGUCGUUCCUGAGCCUCAGGUGGCUGCUGAGCGACGAGAUAGCCAACGUCGCCCUGCACCUACGCCGCAUGGUCAGCUCCAACCACCCGCUACUGAAAACGGUCAAAGAGUUGCUUAGCAACUGCCAGAGUAACAUGCAAGCUUGGGGGUUGAUCGUCCUACUCGUGUCCAAGGCAGCUGGUCAUAUAAACGUGGACAGCUCUGCGGACGAAGACAAGUCAGGCGUUUUACGCAGUCAGAGGGCGCUGGCCGAGAUCGCAGAAAUGAUCCGCACUAGCCACCUGAUGCACAACGGUCUUAUAAAUAUAUACCCAGAAAUGUUCGCUAAAUCCGUCGACCACGACGACAUGAGCUUCGGCAACAAGAUUGGCUUGCUCAGCGGCGACUAUCUGCUGGCCAACUCUUUCUACGAGCUGUCGAUGCUCAAAAACCAAAACCUCAUGGAACUGAUCAGCAGCGCCCUGCGCGACCUGUCCGAGGCCGAGUUCGUGGGCCGCAGAGACUCGCAAAACAAUCCACUGCCGUCGCCGUUCGAGCCGCUCGACCGAAAGCUCGGCUCGGCUCGGCUGCGGUUCAACCCUCUCCAACCGUCCGGAAAAGCGCGGGGUGGCAUGCCGCUAACGCCGGCCCUACGCGACUGGACCAGGCGCAACGUACUGUCGGCCGGCAGCCUGCUGGGAAAGUCCUGUCAGGGCGCGCUCUUAUUGGCCGGCCACGGCGAACGGUUGCAGAAACUGGGCUUUUUGUUCGGUAAACAUCUGUCGCUAGCCUGGCAGGCGUAUUUAGAUUUGGAACCAUUUUCGUCUGGUUCACCAUACUCGUCGGGAGUCUCUUUCAACCUCACUUCAGCACCAGUUAUGUUCCACCUUGAACACGAUUCGUCAUUGUUUAAAGAAAUCGACAAGGGCAUUAAUUCUGUUCAAGACGUCGACUAUGUCAAAGUGCACGAUGUCGUUAUUAAAGGUCCAGGAAUUAAUUACACGAAACAAUUACAAAAGGAGCACUCAGAAAAAGCAAUGGAAGUAUUGAACGUUUUCGAAGAAAGUGAUGCUAGGACAGCAUUAUCCAACAUCAUUAUCGCUAUGGACCGCGAAUAAGAAAUCCUAACCGACUCAAAAUCGGUUAAACAUUAUCAUAAAAUAAAACUUUAGUUUUAUAUGGGUAACUUCAUAUAUGAACAUGGUCAGAACAAAUAUAAAUUGGAGUUAGGCAGUAAGGUUAGGAGUUAGGUUAGUGUAUUGAAUGUUAAAAAUGUGUAUAAUUAUUAAUUAUUAUAAUUACGUCUAAGGCAUCCAAGCAUUAUAUUGUUUUAAAAUCCCACACUAAUUUAGUAAUAUGCACUUUUCUAGUUUAAACUAGUAAGUCUUAACUGUUUAGAUGUCUAAUAUUUAUAUGACUUAUUCUAACUAUCCCCGAUCUACGAUUACAGUAUUAUAUAGGUAUGGGUACACCGCUGUGUUUGUCCCGUCAUUGCAGUUAUCGCAAUAACUUUUUUCUAACUUAUUUGUUUGAAAUCUGAAUCUGAAUGGCUGUUGGUUGUUUUAUAUUUAUAUAAGUAUACAUUAACUAUGGUAUUAAUAAAAAAAAAAUCUAUUUUAUCUA